GAUCAUAAAGUCGUACCACUUAUAUGGAUUCGCCGUCCUACGUAAUUUUUUAACUUUGAGGAUCCCGCUCCAAUCUUCGUACCUAAAAUAAUAAAUAUUCUCAUUCACACUUUUCAACGUCAUUGCAAGUACGAGAGAUAGACACGAGCGCAUCAUACCCAAUUUCAAAAUGAAUACGGUCAAGUCAUUCUGGAUGGGCUGGGGUUCCCUUUGCCUUGCUGGCGGAGGAGCGUACUAUUUUGCGAAAAAGAGUAUCAACGCCGACAGAACCGCGCGCCUUGAAGAAUCCCGCCGAAAGAAGCAGAUGAUGGACUCUCUCGAACAUUCCGAAAAUGUCCCUAGCAAACCCCUAUCUGCAUCAACAAUGGGCGGUUCUCUGAACGGCAAUGGCCAUCCAGCUCGAACCGAUACAGCCGGUUCACCCAGUCAAGAAGCGAGCAGCGAUCCUGCUCCGACCCGACAUGCUCCAGCUACAGAGGGACAACAAGUAAUAGAGAAGAGCAAGUACGAGAGCAGUACGCCGUUUAAAAGUACGAAAGGCGAUCGGUUUUCUUAGCCGUUGUUGGUGGCCGAGAAUAUGUCUAUACGUUUAUGAUGAGAACAUAAUGAAUUCCGUGUACAAUACGAUACUGAAAGGGCGAGCGAAUGAAGACUACAUACUCUACUCCUCCACUCCUCUACUUUCAAAUUGGCCCUAUUAUAAGCGAUGGUCUCUCGAUACGGUCAGGUCGGUAUCAAUAUGGCAAUGCUAUGAGGUUUUAUAUGUCAGUAUGCGCCAGAUGUAAUUGCAUAAGCUGUAUUGUAUUUGAGAAAUUAUUGUAUGUUCCCCGCGCAGAUGAAAGCCUUGGGCACCCAUCGAAUAAUCAUACGUAAAUAGAUGCCCAGUAAUUUCAACGUCGAAGUCUUAGC